UAUUCCUACUCAUCAAGAUACAUCAUGACUGGACGAGGCAAAGGAGGCAAAGGUUUGGGCAAAGGAGGCGCCAAGCGUCAUCGCAAAGUCUUGCGUGAUAAUAUUCAAGGUAUCACCAAGCCUGCAAUUCGACGAUUGGCUCGUCGUGGUGGCGUCAAGCGUAUCUCUGGCUUGAUCUACGAGGAGACACGCGGAGUCCUCAAGGUGUUCCUUGAGAACGUCAUCCGUGAUGCUGUCACCUACACUGAACACGCCAAGCGAAAGACCGUCACCGCCAUGGACGUGGUCUACGCUCUGAAGCGACAAGGCCGAACUCUCUACGGAUUCGGCGGUUAAACCAGUCUGGUCUGACUGACCCGACCAACAACCAAAGAUUUGAAACAUUCGGCCCUUUUCAGGGCCACCAACACUUACCCUUAGUAGAUAAAAGCAAAAACUUCUGCAAAUUGUAAAUGGCCCUGAGAGAGGCUUUCAAGCACAAAAUCAAGCACACCAAAACCCAAUGAGAACUUGGGUCA